AUGCGUCGAUCAGAAGGUGAACAUGGCAACAAGCAUCAUCAUGAUUUGGAUAGAAAAGUUCCUAGCGAGCCUGUUAAACUGCCAGGUAACUAUCAACCUCUUCCUGGCAGAUCCACUAAUGGGGAUUACUGGCCACUGUACCCAUUGAGUAAUCAAUAUCAUGCAGCGCUAACAUUCGAUCCCUCUUUUCAAAAACAAAUAGGUGGAGAUAUAGCUAUCCCUAUUCCUACAUGGGGCUUCUUUGACAUAGGAGGACAUUACAUAGAAAGAGUUCAAGAUUACUGGACCAAAGUCGGAUAUAUGAAUAACCCUGUUAACAUGUUAGGAUUGAACAAGGAUCAACUCAUUCGCUUGAUGUCAGACCCAUCACUUUCAUAUAAUAGAGGAAAUCAACCGACAUUGCCAAUGGCUACGAUUCCUAAGAAUUACGUUCCAUCAUCCUGCAAACCACCUCUCUGUAAUCCAUACCAAUCACAAGUAGCUGUCGGUGUUGAAGUCAAUCAGAUGCUCAAUGAUGGAAUUGAAGGUGAAUUGGAGUUUCCAAUUCCUGUUGGUAAAGAUAUUGGCUAUCGUGUACCCAUAAGUGGGAACUUUCAUUGUGAUUUGGACGACAUUGUCAUUGCAUAUGGCCAGAAUUUGAGUCCCAUAGAUCCAUUCAGGCUCGUUUCAGGAGGAAUUGCUCCUAUAUGGCCUGCUAAUCAUCAAGCCAAGCAACGUCGUAGAAAACGCCAAACAACGAGCGCAUUGGAUUCUUUGAUAAGAGAAGAGGUAGCUCUACGAACUGAAGCGGAAGUGGCAGGCGAAGAAGCGACUGAGACCAGAAACGAAGAAGUAGAAGAAGAAGAAGUAGAAGGAGGGGAAGGAGAUCAUCGUCCUUACUUAGCAUGUAUGAAUGUCGCACUCACAGAGCAUGGUCAUGAAGGUGGACAUGGCGGUGAAGGUGGACAUGGCGGCGGAGAACAUGGAGGUGAAGGAGGUGAAGAACAUGGAGGCGGAGGUGAGCACGAAGGUGGCGGCGAAGGAGAGCACGAAUCAGGAGGAGAAACUGGUAAUGGAGGACAUGGCUCUAGUGGAGGAGAGUCAGGAGGCAGUCAUGGAAAUACUGAUCAUGGAGAAUCAAUGUCAAUGAUGAUGGGGCAUAUGACAAGUGGAAACGAACAUGGACAGAGCACAUCUCAUGGAUAA